CAGUCAACUUUCUCACUCGAAGUCGCCAACACUUCAGGCCGGCAGACUACGAAUUGUUCAUUCGCCGCGACUCAUUAACUGCGCUCACGCACAGCGCGGAACGCGGAAAACGCGAAACUUUUAUCUAAAGCGCGAUAUCGCGAAACUUUAAACACUACGAAGUUCAAAGUGUAAACGAUUUCGGUUCGCGGAGUGGACUAUGUCUUUCAAAUAGUUCGGUUUUCGUUUUAGUUCUGUGUUAAAUUAGAACAAUGGAAAGGAAAAGUCGUGUGCUUGAACUAUAACCCGACUACAGUUAACGAAGUGUCGCCGUGAGCUAUGUUCCGUCCGUCGCUAAUAAAGGGGCUGUCUGUGGAGCUGCCUGACGUGUCCGACUAUGGCCUCAACAGGAGUCGCCGCGCGUCGCUCUCAGCUGAACAGCGCCGCAAGCUGUCUAUGCUGCGCACCACCAGCAUCCCGGCCCCGUUGACCCCGGUGAGCCACAUUUACCAUUUGGUUCCCUGCCCGAGAAAAUGCUGUCACCAGAAAUAUGUGGUCAGCACGGACCGGAGUGGGGACAUACACGUUCACGUCCAGGGCGACCUGACCCAGCAGGACAAGCGAUGUGUGUUCCUCACGGUUCACGACCUUGGUACCAACCAUUCUUCGCUGGUGGACUUCGUGUCGACCCCAGCUAUGUCGGAGAUCAAGGAGCGCUCGUGCUUCAUACACGUGGAUGUACCAGGACACGAGGAGAGCUCCCCGGACCUGCCUGACUCGUAUCAGUUCCCAUCACUCCAAACGCUUGGCGAAGAUCUGAUCACGGUUUUGGACUUCCUCCACGUUCGUUACGCAGUGGGCCUGGGGGAAGGUGCUGGGGCCAAUGUCCUAGCCCGUUGCGGUCUCGCGCAUCCUCGCCGUCUUCUUGGCCUUAUCCUGGUCAACUGCACGGCUUCAACCUCAUCAGUAGCUGAUGCCUUCCGGACCAGGUUUUCCCGAUGGAGGGGCACAGAUAUCUCCCAGUCCGAAGAGGAUUUCCUCAUCUACCACAAGUUUGGACACGUGAGUUUUGAACCAGAGCUGCUUGACUAUCGCUACAAGCAAAUCGCGAGUGACUCGUGCGAGGUUGGCGAGAAGGAACGUCUUCAGACGGACUACCGCUCACGUCUGCGAGGCAACCUCAACACUCAUAACAUCAAGCAGUACGUUAAGGCGUUUAUCAACCGCAAAGACCUGAUGCUGAAGGGCUGCCAGCCGGACAUCUUGUUGAUCACGGGCAUGCUCAGCCCCUACGCUGGCGUGGUUGAGAAGAUGUACAAGGAGUUGGACAAGGAGAAGGUCACCAUCCUCAAGGUCGACAAGGUCGGGGACGUGCUGGCUGAGGCUCCAGCGAAGGUCGCGCAAUCCCUGCUCCUGUUCUGCCAAGGACAAGGUCUACUGACGUCACUGCCGCCGCCAGGAGUUGAGCGGCGUAUGUCUCGGGCUAUGUCCAUGGAGGAAUACGACAAGCCAAAUAUCCGACGGCUGUCUCUCACCCCCAAUUCGUCUGAGUCUCCCCCGCCCAGGAAGUUGUAGGUAAUGGCCUUGGCCGCUGAAUCUCUUGCAGAGGAAGCGUCCUGCUAAUCAGUUCCAACUCUUUCAGCAGUGAGAAUAACAUAACUUUUGUUAAGGAACUGAGAUGCUAAUUAUUCGGAAUUUGGAACCCAUGUUCCUAUUACAAAUGGUGAGAAAUGAAACUGUUUUAACACCGAUGGUCAUAGUAAUUCCGUAUUUAAUCCUGUAGUAUAGCAAUUAUGAAAACUUGUUAAAAUAGUUUCUAUCCGAAGUGAAUGGAUGUUUUGGGGACGAAGUGAAAAAGUGAAAAAAUAUACGCAGUAGAAGUAGUUGCGCUUAUUUACAGGCUGUUUUCUGAUUCGCUUUAUGUAUAUAGGUUAGAUUUUGUAUAAAUUAAGUGAUGUUUUUCGACAUACGUAAUGUUAAUAACAAUAGAUGAACAAUGUAAAAUAGGACCAAGAGCACCUCCUUAUUGAAACACUUUUCAAAUUAAGUACCUACGGUAAGAUAAAUUAAUCGUAUUUUGGAAUUUGAAACCUACAGUUUUAUACAAAGAGUUCACUGAUCACACACAAAACAGUAUAUUUUAUAAAUGUUAUUUACACGAAGAUUACUCUAUUAAGUAUAUUGAAUGUAGGGUUGUUGUCAGGCUUUGAUGUUAGUGCUAGGAAGGGAGAAGGGAGAGAAUUUUAUCAAUUUCAAUAAGGUGUUGUAGCUUGUGAAGUGUCGCUUAGAAAUUCGGGAUGAAGUGAAUAGAUGCCACGUUUUUGAAAGAUUUUCCUAUACGAUUUUUCUGCACGUUCGCUUUGACUCUUCAACUUUGCAAAGUGGCCAAAUUUGACAACUCGCCCUUUGACAUUUACACGCUCUUCUCUCGCAGUUAGCGUGCUAGGCCUGCAGGCCUCCUACAUCUUUUCCAGAUGAUUUAUACAGUGUCAAGGAGGCACCUUUUUCAUGAUUGUAUAAGCCAAUGCGAGAGCGGCAAGGUCUACCACACGCUCUGCAGAUGUAGAUAUUUGGUAGGAAGUCCCGUGCCAAAGAUAUAGAUACGCUUUUACGAUUGGUACGAGGUAGAGUGCUGGUGACCUAGUGAUAGUUACAGCAGAUCAAUGUAGUAAGUACUGGACUAUUUCUAAAAACACACUAUGGAUAUAUUAGAUUGGAAAAGAAUAAUGUCCCUGGCACAGGCAAUACUGAUUACUGCUAUGUUACGACUUGUAGUGUCAAAGCAUGUGUGAGUGUAGAAACUAAAGCUAAAAGUUAUAAACUUAGCUUCAGUAGCUCCAAAAUGCUGGGCUAAUAAAAUGUAACAAACUACAAGUAAAUAGUUUGUCAGUAAUCUUUGUUGUUUUGGUAUCACUAUGAAACAUGUAAUAUUGGUCCGAUAUAUUGAUGAAGUUUACAACUGUUACGAGUAACCUUAGCUUUAUGUAUCACCAAAAAGUUUAGUGGGAGGUUCAUAUCGUUCACUUUAAAGUCGGGAACGCACGAACGAACUUGUAGGAAUAUGUUUUUAAAUUCUUUUUUAAACCUGGCAUCAGCUGUGGAGUUUUACUAAGAAAAUUGUGUAAGGGCUUCGCUAGCACUUUGGAUUGCACUGUGUAGGUUCAGUAUUUCUUAAAGCACAGAGUGGUAAUGUACAAUUGUAUAACUAAGUACCUACCUAUAGAUUUGUUUCUAUUUAUAAAAUAUGUUACAAGAUUUAUUGUAAAAUUAUGUUUUUAGAUUUUUGUGAAUUUUAUGUACAAAGUGUAAUUUAAGUAGAAUAUAAUUGUUUAUUGAGAAAAUAUAUUAUUAAUAACAUGG